AUGGCUCGCUACUUCGCCGUUGUUGCCCUCUUGGCAACCUCUCUUGUGGGAGGCGUCAUGGCACAUCCCGGCUCUGAUAUUCAAGCUGAGAUCGAAAGGAGCGCUGCUUGGCAAGCCCAUCCCGAAUACCGCUCCUUGAAGCCAUGCCAGGGUGCAAUCAAGGCUCGUGACCACAAGUUGGUCUCUGCUCGUAUGGAGAAGUUUGACAAACUCCGUGAGAAGCGGGGCAUGGAGAAGCGCACCUUCCAAGAAGUCCUAACCACCAACCACCACUCCAACAAGACCGUCACCCCUGACUCCACCCCGGAGGAAAUUUUCGGUUCUGACAACUCCUGCAUCCUUCAGCCCACGGUUACUGAGGGUCCUUACUGGGUUUCCGGCGAACUUGUCCGCCAGGACAUCACCGAUGGCGAAGAGGGUGUCCCAUUGACCUUUGACGUUCAACUCAUCGACACCACUACUUGCGAGCCACUCUCUAACGUUGCCCUCGAAGCUUGGUACUGCAACUCCACUGGUGUCUACGGCGGUGUCAGCGCUCGUGGCAAUGGUAAUACUAACGAUCCUACUAUUCCAUACAACACGGCUCUCCGUGGUAUCCAGUAUAGUGACGACGAUGGUGUCCUCUCUUUCGAUACUAUCGUGCCUGGUCACUAUACUGGUCGUGCCGUCCACAUUCAUAUCAUGGCACAUAUCGGCGCUACAACUCUCGCCAACGGCACGAUCGCUGGUGGUCACGUCGCUCAAGUCGGUCAACUCUUCUUUGACCAGUCGUUGAACGAGGAGGUUGACACCGUUGCUCCUUACAACACCAACACUCAGGCUUUCACCGUGAACGCUCGUGACGGUAUCAUGGCUCAAGAAGCUGCCACUUCUGACCCAGUUCUGAACUACGUUUACCUUGGCAACUCCGUCGAAGACGGCAUCUUUGGCUGGGCCACUGUUGGCGUCAACCCCAACAAGGUCAUCAACCCCCACGCGGCUGCACACUACAACGGCCCCGCAUAA